GCAGACUUGGAAAAACACUUGGUUUUUUCCUGGCUUCCUGUUGGGGACCGGUCUGAAUUCUACAGGAAGCAGGGUGGGUGCUCAGCACCGAGACUUGGACUUCCAGGUCGCCUUUCCUUAGUAACAAGAUGGUAAUGCGCCUUUCUCAGUGGCCUACUUCCAUGGUUCAGAACCCAGAGGAGACUUUUCUCAUGAUGUCUAUCAAGGAAUCUUGUGGAAAAGAAGAAAAGUCUCAAGAAAAAAGGGCCACCUCUUCAGCUACUUUUGAUGAAGACAAGAAUGAGAGAAAAACCUCAGCAAGUUCUCUUAGUUCAGCCUACUCUGUUAAAUCAGUUUCAACUGAGAAGAGAAAACUGAAAUCAGAUGAUAUAAACAUUCUCUACUGUAAUACAAACAGAAGACGAGGCCUACAAAGAUUGAAUCUAGAAGUUGAAACGCCCAGAAAGAGACCAAAAUUCAGUUCUUCAUCCCAAGAACCCAUUAAAUUCCAAGAAACAUCGUAUUCAAAUAAUAAUCAAACUACUUCACAUAGUUGUUCAUCAAAUGGAACUAAGAAAGAUAAUAAACUUAAAGAUAUUAAAUUGACAAAUAUUGGGAGUAAGUUUGCCUGUGAAAUAAAAAAACGUGGUAGUUUUAAAAUUACCAAAGAUACAAAAUCUAAAGCUGAUGCCCAGUCAAAGGAAAAGUAUCAGCCAUAUUUACCUGUUCAAAGGGAGAAGAUCAAAGAACUCAAAGAAAGGAACAGUAAGUUUAGAGACAAAGCCAAAAAAUUGGAGGAAUGCAAGAAAAAUCAACUUUCUCAGAAUUAUAAUUCCACCAAGGUAAUCAAGGAACCCUUUGAAUCUAGAAGGAAGAAAAUUAGCUUCAAAAUUCCAAAAAAAUGCUGCAAUACCCUCCAGAAAGUUGUAGAAGAAAAUGUCUUCAGUUUAGAAUCUAGUAAGUCAAAGAUUAGACAGGAGGAAAAAGAAUGCUUGAAAAGUUACCCGAAGUCAUUAAAUUUAACCAGGCACAAAACUGGAAACUUGUUUUCAGAUUCCACAUAUAAUCAGACUGUUCAUGAGGGAAAAAGAAAAUACCAUCAUGAGCAUCAAGAAAGUAAUGGUUCAGAUUCUAAGGAAAAACUUGCCCAGAAUGUUGAAGUAUCAUGUUCUUCAGUGUCAUCCGAAAGUAUACAAGACAAGGAUGAAGAGAUGCAGAUAGUAGAAGAGCUUCAUGCUGCACGUGUGGGAAAAAGUGUGGAUUUGCCUGUAGUUCCACCUUCUGGAGAGUUAAUGAGUAUGGAAAUUGACCUGGUGGAAGAUGAUGUACAUUCUUCUAAUGCAAAUACUGCCUCAGACAAAAAGCUUCUAAUUGUUAUUGACACAAAUAUUUUGAUGAAUCAUCUCAAAUUUGUUAGAAUUUUGAAGACUACAGAAAUACCAGGCUUUGACACACUUGUAUUAAUAAUUCCCUGGGUGGUUGUGCAAGAGCUAGAUCGUAUGAAAGCAGGAAAACUACUAAAACAUGUCCAGCACAAAGCUAUACCUGCAAUUCAUUUCAUCAAUGACAGCCUCAAAAGUCAAGAUAGAAAGCUAUGGGGUCAAUCAUUACAGCUUGCAUCUCAAAAACUUUAUGGAUUGAGUGAUGAGAACAAUGAUGAUCGAGUAUUAAAAUGCUGUCUUCAGUACCAGGAAUUGUUCCCAUGUUCUCUUGUUAUUCUGUGCACGGAUGAUAGAAAUUUAAGAAGUAAAGGCCUAAUAAGUAAUGUGAAGUCUGUCAGUAAAGAAGAAUUGAAUGCAGAGUUAUUAAGCUUGUCUCUGAACAUAGAUAUGUGCCAUCAGCCUUGUAUUUCUAAGCAACAGUUGAAAGCAGAAACAUCACCUGUCAAAGAGACUUCCAAAGAAGAAACUACAAAUUCUGAACUGUCCAUUCUUCUUGAACACAUUGUAUGUGAUCUUGAAAAAUCUCUUGGAACAGCUUUAUCUACAAUAUUAGAAACAGAAAUGAAAAUCGCCUUUGGAAACCUUUGGAUGGAGGUGCUGUAUUUGAAACCACCAUGGACUCUAAUACAUUUAUUACAGUGCUUUAAGAAGCAUUGGUUGGCUGUAUUUGGAUUAGUUGUAGAAAAGAAGUUGCUUUUGACUAUUGAGAGCCUAUAUGAAAAUCUUUCUAAAGCUAAUAAUGUAGUGGAUUUUACAACAGUGAAAUUCCUACUUCAGGAUUCUAGAAGCUUAUUACAUGCCUUCAGUACAAGGUCAAACUAUGAUGGCAUUCUUCCACAGACCUUUGCUCAAGUAAACAAACUACUCCAAAUAUUUGCAGAGGUCAAGACAAAACUUAAGCCAAAUUUCUCAGAAAGCACAGUGAGUAAAAAGCAUGAAGAUACUUCUUUGAUGAAGCUUCAUAAUCAAGAAGUCAGUGUUUUCUUGGGUUCUCAUCUUCCCCACUUCACCAGGCAUCAAGAAAUCUGGUCUAUCCUAGAGAAUGUUUGGACUACAAUAUAUCAGAACAGCACAGAUGUGUUUCAAAGAUUGGACUCAAGUUCAACUCUGACCACUUCAAAAAUAGCAUCAUUUGAAGAAGCAUUUAUAUACCUUCAAAUGUUAAUGGCAGCUGUGAAGGAUAUUCUUGAAGGCAUUCAGAGGAUUUUGGCUCCCAACAGUAAUUACCAGGAUGUUGAAACUCUCUAUAACUUCCUAAUCAAGUAUGAGGUAAAUAAAAAUGUCAAAUUUACUGCCCAGGAACUUUAUGAUUGUGUUUCUCAGACUGAGUAUCGGGAAAAAUUAACCAUUGGAUGCCGCCAACUUAUUGAGAUGGAAUAUACCAUGCAGCAGUGCAAUGCAUCUGUCUAUAUGGAGGCCAAAAACAGAGGAUGGUGUGAAGACAUGCUCAACAACAGGACUUAAGUUCUUAAGAGGACUGGCAUCUAUCUUCAUGAAUAACAUAGUCACUUUCAACCUGGUCACUUUUUUGAACGAAACCUAAGAGAAUUGUUAAGAAAUCCUUCAAAAAUACAAAAAAAAAAAAAAAAAAAUUAAAAAAAAAAAAAAAAAAAAAAAAAAAAAAAAAAAAAAUGUGUUUUAUUGGCCAUCUCCUUGCAUCCGCUGUCGAAUAAACUGUGGACUCAA